GUCAGAGAUUUGAAAGCAGACGCUUUCAUCGAAAACGAUGUACAGUAAUCCGUACAUACAUUUUACGUUUGGGUGGCCCAGGGAAAUUGUUACAGAUUCACAAUGCCGAGCGUGUCUCAACCCGUACCGCGCUUUUAUCUGCCUAAAGGUAUCUUCACGCACGACUGGAUAGGCCUUUUGGAUACGCUUGUCCAAGACCUUCUCAUCACAAGUUGGAACUAGUGGUCAACAUUGGGACAAUGCAGCCAUAAAUAACAUGGACCAAUAUUUUCAUGGAGUGAGCAAGACCUGCCAGCAGAGCUCACUGGAGCAGGGAGACAUCUCGUCAUCCUUUUGGCGCCUGACAAAAUCAUCACAGCAGCCGAAGUUGCGGUGCAGAGGGAGGAGAUCCUUCAAGCAUCAGGCCUCAUCUCGUCACAGAGGGAGGGGAUCCUCCAAACAGACAGUGUCCCUGUACAGAGGGAGGGGAUUCUCUCAGCAGCUAGCAUCCUCCGAACAUCAGGCCUCAUCCCUGUACAGAGGGAGGGUAUCCUCCAAACAGCCAGUGUCCCUGUACAGAGGGAGGGGAUUCUCUCAGCAGCUAGCAUCACUGCACAGAGAGAGGAGAUCCUCCGAACAUCAGGCCUUAUCCCUGUACAGAGGGAGGGCAUCCUCCAAACAGCCGGUGUCCCUGCACAGAGGGAGGGGAUCCUCCAAACAGCCAGUGUCCCUGCACAGAGGGAGGGGGUUCUCCCAGCAGAUAUAAUCAUUGCAAAGAAGACGGAGAUCCUCCGUGCAUCAGGUCUCAUCCCGUCACAGAGGGAGGGGAUUCUUUCAGCAGCUAGCAUCAUUGCGCAAAGGGAGGAGAUUUUCCUAGCAUUAGGCCUCAUCCCGUCACAGAGGGAAGGGAUUCUUCCAGCAUCUUCUAUCACUGCGCAGAAGAAGAUCCUCAGAGCAUCAGGCCUCAUCCCUGCACAAAAGGAGUUGAUCCUCCUGAUGGCCAGUGUCACUGCGCAGAGGAAGGGAAUCGUCCCAAUGGCCAGCGUCCCUGCGCACAGGGAGGGGAUUGUCCCAAAGGCUAGUGUCUCUGCUGAGAGGAAGGGGAUCCUCCAAAACCAGUGUACCUGCACAGAGGAAGGGAAUCGUCCCAAUGGCCAGCGUCCCUGCGCACAGGGAGGGGAUUGUCCCAAAGGCUAGUGUCUCUGCUGAGAGGGAGGGGAUCCUCGAAACAGCCAGUGUCCCUGCACAGAGGGAGGGGGUUCUCCCAGCAGCUAGCAUCACUGCGCAGAGGGAGGAGAUCCUCCGAGCAUCAGGCCUCAUCCCUGAAGAGAGGGAGGACAUCCUCCUCACAGACAGUGUCUCUGCACAGAGGGAGGGGAUUCUUCCAACAACUACUGUCACUGUGCGAAAGGAGAAGAUCCUCAGAGCAUCAGGCCUCAUCCCUGCACAGAGGGAGUUGAUCCUCCUGAAGGCCAUCGUCCCUGCGCACAGGGAGUGGAUCGUCCCAAAGGCUUGUGUCCCUGCAGAGAGGGAGGAGAUCUUCCUCACAACCAGUGUCCCUGUGAAGAAUGGACACAAUCAUCCACAACCACCUCCCAUCAUCCCCAUAGUAGCACCACUGUGUAAAUGGGAUGGUGGAGCGUGUACUCCACCUGUGGAUUUCUAUUCCAAGAGAAGAGAUGUCCGACUUAGAUAUGUUGAGCAUCCUGCUAUGAUGUCCAUCACCAAGCCGGAACACUCCGAGGCCAACCCUCAGUGCCAGACUGGCAGCCGGCCGGUGGCUGAGCCCGAGACCCCUGCUGUUCACAAUAACAGAGGAGGCUGGCUCAGCUGGGUCUUUGGGAGUGGAAGAGUUAAUAAGAAGGAGGUUCAUCUGCCUGAGGACAAAGACAGAUCUAUUGUCCGGGAUCCAACUCUGCACAGAUGGGUUAACAAAACUGAGCCCAAGGCUGAGAACAAGUGUGUACCACCACCUCCACCGAUGGGGACAUAUGGAUAUCAGGGGAACACUGGCAGUGUCCCCGAAGGAGUGAAUCCUUACUCUAUGAAAGCAGCAGUUCUAUGGGGCAGCAUAUACCCUACAAUGCAUUACAAUGAUGGGACCAACUCAAAGCCUCCAAGCCAUGGGCCUGGACUCCUUCCUAGACAGCUCUGGCUUGCUCCCUCCUUCACACUUUGACCUCAUGGCACCAAUGGUUGUGCCACCUGACACUCUACCCUACUGAGAUGACCUCAACGCUGAAUGCCUUGGUAACGUUAUUCGUUUGAGUGUCGCUCCUCUUUUUAAAGAGGUUGAUGCUGUCUUCAGAUGAUAAGAUGUUCAGCUUGGUCAUGCAGUUCAGGCUGCCAGGAAACCACAUGAAUGAAGACCCUGUGUAUAGAGUGGGCAAAACCUGUAGCUACACCCCCUGGACCUCCCGAGAGAUUCUGUGCGACCGCAACUACAUGGAGGUGUCUGUCAGAAGGACUCUUCCAGACAUCCAAACCGUCCCUGAACAGCCCACUGGAGGCCCGAAAGCAAGGAGCGCCAACUUCCGGAGAGGAGCUGAGGCUGUUGCUGCAGGAUACAAAAUGACAGCAGUCGUCUUUAGUCCUAGCAAGAAGGUCAUGAGUGUGGAUGAGGUCCAAAGAAAGGGCUAUGCAAUAGCCAACACUCCCACACGGCUGGUGUUAAGAAGCCCUCAUAAUGCAGAGGAGACAUACCUCCAGAAUGUAGCUGGGGUUCCGAUGCGGGUGCUCUCAAUCUCAACCUUCUUUGAGCAGAAGUGGCUGGUUACUCGAGUAGAUUCCACGGCUGUUUGUCCAACACCAGGAGCAGUGGCCUUUACUCCAGAAGUGAUCACCUGGUACAUGCCCAAGCACAUAGACCCACUUUUCUCCUCUGAUGCCUUCACCAUGUUGGAGGUGUACAUGGGAAUUGACGCUAAGAGGCUGGACACUGAGGAAAUGGCUGCCAGAAACUACUCGGUUUUAGUCACAGAGGCUCAUAUUAUUGUUGAAAUUCCGGUGGGGGCGGUUGGCGGCUAUUUCAAGAGCCAUAUUCAGGAUGACCAGUACUUUGUCACUUACACCAUUGAGCCCAUGCUUGAGUUGCUGUGGAUCGAGGAGGUCGCACACGAGGACACACGCUACAAAGUCCUCUUCCCUAUCACAACACCUCCGAUGGCCAGGCCUCCACAAGUUCGCAACUACACGCCCUUAGACACAGUUCCUGAGCAGGCAGUGUUUGUGCUUGAGUUGGGGACCUUCAACCUUGAUGUGGAGCUGCUGAACAUCACCUUUCCCACCAUGGUGCUAACUGUUGCAGAGUGCAACGCCAGAGGCUUCAAUGUUCAGGAGCAGAGAUCCCUGGACAACACCUUGAAGAGCUUCAGGAUGGAGGUGCCCUUCUCAGACCCGGUGGUCUUUAAGGAGAGAAGGGCGGAACAAGGUGUCACAACCUUCACUCUUCAGCUGAUCUACGGCCUGGUCGUCUUUCCAGAGUACGCUCCUUUCUCUCACUCUGCCGUUGUGGACGCUGUACUGCUGGACAUUGUGCCACCCUCAGUCACUGGCAACUGUGAUCAGGAGAACUUUCACAUCACUGUGGACUACAGGAACCAAGAUCCCUUUUUCGUGGUCUUGGUUGGCAAGCGCCUGCUUAACCAUGAGCUUGCACAACAGUAUUUGACAGAGGGCGACGCAGACUUCACCAUCACGUUGCCCUUCUCUUCGCCGGACGCAGUGUUUGAGUCGGUUCACCCGUCCUCUGUCAGGAGCAGACUGGAUUUGGCUCUGUUGAAUCCUUACAACAACAUGACCAUCAAAUACUUUUCCCUGGCUUGCAGCUUCCUCAAAACGCUGACUGAGUGUUUCUCUAACGGAACGAUGACUGCGCUGGCGGUCAAGGUGGAGUCUGCUCCCAGUCUGAACCCCGGUCAGCUGACCCUGAGCGACCCCGCCUGUGGUCCCACCUACAGCGACGAUCGCUUCGCCUACUUCCACUUCACUGUCAACUCCUGUGGCACCACCAGGAAGUUUAUCAACAAUGUCAUGCUGUAUGAGAACGAAAUCUCCUUGCCAGAUGAACUUGAGGUGAAGCUGAAUGGCACGACGUCUUCAGAGGAGGAAUAUCAGUUAAAGGUUUCCUGCUACUAUGUGGUCAACAUCACUCGCACAUUGGUCUUCCUCACCAGGCCGCGUGACAACGAGCCUUUUGCCGAGACUGGGACGGGUCGACUAAUGGUCAGAAUGAGACUCGCUCAGGACGCCUCGUAUAACACGUUUCACCAGGAGGAGGACUAUCCAGUGUUGAGGUACCUGAGACAGCCUCUGCACUUUGAGGUGGAGCUGACCAGGUCCUCUGACCCCAAGGUAGCGCUGGUGCUUGACCACUGCUGGGCCACCCCCAAUGAGGACCGUGACUCCCGACCCCGGUGGAAUCUCAUCAUUAAUGGUUGUGAGAACCCGGAGGAUCCGUACCGUGUAGUCUUCCACCCGGUGGUAGCUGACGCCAGGGUCCACUUCCCCCCUCACGUCAAACGCUUUGAGGUCUAUAUGUUUUCCUUCGUCGAGGAUGCGGUUGAGCCGAGUGGCCAGGUCUUUGUCCAUUGUGAUGUGGUCAUCUGUGACGCCAGUAGUCCCUCUGGCGGCCCCUGUAGUGGACAAUGUGUGAAUCAGGACAACUUGAAAAGAGGUCAACGACAUGUCAAAGACCUCUUUGAGGAGCCUCAUUUCUAUGUUUCUUCUGGAUACAUUCUUUGGGUGUAAUGUCUUGUUCUAACAUGUCAAAUAAAGUGUUCUAUAUAACAA